AUGGAGACGGCAAAAUACUUACCCAAACAGCCAUUGACAGACCCUGCAGACCCUGAUGAAAUUAUACCAGUGUAUGAAGAUGGUUUUGCAUCAUUGAUCCCAUCUUACACAAGCACAGUAAGCCAAGUGAAAAUCAGAAGCGAGCCUUUUGUCUUACCCUGCAAUGAGAAAGUGAACCUCUGGGCAGACUAUGUCCUGGAUCCUUCAGAGUACACAGAAGAGACCAUAAACUUCUAUUACCUGGUUGUUGCAUCCGGGAGCAUUGUCUCAAGCUCAAUUAUAAGGCACGCAAUCUCUUCAGAUGGAGGACUAAGAAGCGUAUUCCCUUUCCCUGUUAUGGUCACCUCUGACAUGUCACCGGCUGCCACCAUUAUAAUUUACGCUGACCUUCACAAUGGAGAUCUGAUUGCUGACAGCAGAAAAAUCCCAGUCACCAGCUGCUUCCCCAACACUGUUUCCCUGCAGUUUUCGGAGGAGCAGAGUCUUCCUGGCUCUAUGGUGAAUCUUCACAUCAGUGCUCAUCCAAACUCUUUGUGCAAUGUCCGAGCCGUGGAUAAGAGCGCCGAGCUCCUGAAAUCUGAAGAGCAUCGGGCAGAGGACACUGUGAAUGAAUUCCUAAAGAAUUGGGAUACAUAUGGUUACCCUAGAGAAGUUGAAGAGCUUCAGAAAUGCCCAGAUGGUUCUCCUCCUGAUAUCGUAGAAGCUUCUGAAGAGCCUGAUACAUUCAGCUUUUUUGAGAAUUCUGGGAUGAAAAUUUUAACUAACUUUCAGAUUCGGAAGCCGCUGAGUUGUGAAUUGCAGACAACCACGAUGACACUUCUGUCCACUAAUCUAUAUCAAUUAAAUGCUGAAAGUGUCUUCCAAGAAUUUGUAGCAUUCUCAGCGGGCUCAGCCGCCAUACCAACACCACUAGAAAAAGUGCGCAAAAUAUUCCCAAGUACCUGGUUAAUGAACACUGUGCCAAUAGGACCCACUGGUGAACUGAACUAUUCACUCACAGCUCCAGACACCAUCACCCAGUGGAACGCAGAUGCUUUUUGCACAGCCAACAUCGGUCUUGGUUUUUCCCCCCGAACUCAUCUCCAAGUUUUUAAACCAUUCUUUGUGUACGUGAACAUACCAUACUCAAUUAAACAAGGGGAAAUUUUGACAGUAAAGGCAAUUGUCCUCAACUUCAUUGGGCAGUGUAUCAAGGUCAGUGCAACUUUGUACCAGACUGAAGACUUUCAACUGGAACCAUGUGAAGAUUGUACAUACAGUGCCUGUCUCUGCAGUGAUCCAACCUACACCUUUACCUGGAAAAUUCUACCUUUAACCAUGGGAACUAUCAAUAUCACGAUUGGCACGGAGGCAUUGAGCACUAGUGAUCUGUGUGAUGGACAGAAGCCUAUAGUUCCUACAGAAGGAAACUCAGAUAUUGUACAGAGGCGACUUAUAGUUGAGGCAAAGGGAAUGCCAGUAGAAAAUACACGCAAUUUGCUCCUAUGCACUUUUGAGUCUCACACCAUCCCAUUGGACCUUCCUGAGAAUGUGGUGCGUGGAUCCCAGUCAGCAGAAGUAACUGUAACAGGUGAUAUAAUGGGAAAGCCACUAAGCAACUUGUAUUAUCUAGUGAAGCUGCCAAUAGGCUGUGGAGAGCAGAAUAUGAUAUUACUCGCCCCUAUCAUAUCCGCUAUAAUAUACUUGGAUACCACAGGGCAACUGACUGAUGAAAUUGUGGAACAGGCAAAUGGCUUCAUGGAAACUGGAUACCAGAAUCAACUGAAUUACAAGCAUACGGAUGGAUCCUACAGCACUUUUGGGAAUAGGGAUCCAUCUGGAAGUACAUGGCUGACGGCAUUUGUCGCAAGAGUUUUUUAUCAGGGUCAGAAAUAUAUCGAUAUAGAUGAUAGUCAAAUUACAGCUCCUCUCGACUGGUUGAAAGGGCAACAAGAAAGCAAUGGCUGCUUCAAAAGUUCAGGCCAGUUAGUUCACAAGGAGAUUCAGGGAGGAGAGGACAGUCAGAUCUCACUCACUGCAUAUGUUACUUCUGCAUUUCUAGAAGCAGGAAAGAAUAAUUACGAUGAAGUUAUAGAGAAAGCUAAGCAAUGUCUUGAAAACUGCACUCAACCGCAAAGCUCAACCUACACUAAAGCACAAUGUGCAUACACUUACACUCUGCUGGGGGAUACAGAGAAAAGAACACAACUUUUGGAGCAGCUGGAUGAAGUGGCUAUAAAGAAUGAUGAAAAGACGCACUGGUCUAUAAAUUCUGACCUCCCUAAAGAUGAUCCAUUAUGGUCCAAGCCAAACUCUGCAGAUGUGGAGACCACAGCAUACGUUGUGUUGGCAUUGGUUUCUGAGAACGAACCGAGCAAAACCGACCUAGGGGCGGCAGUACCUGCAGUUCGCUGGUUGACUUCCCAACAAAAUCCCAAUGGAGGAUUUGCCACCACUCAGGACACAGUGGUUGGACUGGCGGCUCUCUCCACUUACGGUUAUUUAACCUUCGUUGAUGAAAGCAUGCCUACUGUCUCCAUCACCAAUGACAAAGGAUUUAAUGCAAAUGUCACUGUGAAUCCCCAGAAACUUACAGAAGUGCAGGUCGUGGACUUACCUGACAUCCCAGCAGAGUAUACACUGGAGGCAUCAGGAAGUGGUUGUGCAUAUGUGCAGAUUACAGAAAAAUACAAUGUUAUGGAUCCAGAACCAGUAGGAACAUUUAACCUUGAUUUCGAGAUCACACCAGUUCACUGCCCCCCUCACCCGCUGCCAUUAUUCACCAUGGAUAUCACUGUCAGUGUAAGUGAUGCAAGUGAAGAUUCUAACAUGGCUCUUAUUAUUAUAAAAUAUCUUUCUGGAUUUGUCGCCACAGAAGACUCUAAGAAUAAGCUCUUAAGUAAUGACUUGGUGAAGAGAGUGGAAAGUAGCCAGAGCGAUGUUACUAUCUAUGUGGAAAAGUUGACCUCUACACCAAUAGAGCUCUCUAUAGAGAUGGAGGAACAAUUUGUAGUGGAGAACUUGGACCCAGGACUGAUAUAUGUAAAGGAUUAUUAUGAGACCGAGCGACAUUCCGAAUUGCUUUAUUAUAACCCCUGUGCUUAAGGACCUGAUAUGAGAAUUGUGGAAUAUAUGAAGAUCACAGUCAUCUGAAAAAUGAAUUAUUUAAUAUAUAAAGUCAUAAUAAUAUUUUUAAUAUUUAUUUAUUUAUUUAAUAAUGCUAAUUAUUUCCCUUUAUAUCAAUAAUAUUUUAUUUAAUUAAUUGCUGAAUAUAUUAAUUUAUUGGGGGAAAAAAUUAUGGAUUUGCUUACCGAUUGAUAACUUGUAAAAUUGUAACCUAUAUAUCUUACUGCCCAAACUAAUUUCUCUACUGUCGAAUAGACCUUAUAUUUUCUAGGGGAAAUAGUUACUAUCAUGAAAAUGAUUAUGGCAUUAAUAAGAUGUUAUAGGUGCUAAGGCUACAUGGCUGAUAUCAUAUAUACUAUUGUAGAUACAAUUGUUGUAACAACACAGAUUUAACCAUAGAGUUUUAGACAUCAGCCAUGUGAAGGACAAAUUUAAACCCAUUUGUUAUAAAAAUGUUUAUUAAAAUGUUGUGUGCUCUUCUGUAUGUUCUCUAAACUUUCUUACUGGAAAAAAUAUCUUGCUUCUUAAAAGAAAUACUAGAAUUUGAAUAAUUAUGUAAUGACAUUUAAAAUUAAAUAAAGCUUUACCAA